GUGAGGCCGGGGGGGGGGGGCGCUGGGGCUGCCCCGCCUCGCCGCCGGGCCCGGGGGGGCUGCUGGCCCCGAGGGGGCCGCAUGUGCCCCCCGCCGGGCACCGAGGCAGGACGGAGGCGGAGGGGGCGGAGGGAGAGGCCGCCCCGGCGGCGGGGCAGGCCGGUAGGCCCGAGCGGGGCCGGCGGGGCCGGAGUCGGGAGGAGGAGGAGGCGGCCAUGGAGGGCCUGGCCGGGUACGUGUACAAGGCGGCGAGCGAGGGGCGAGUGCUGACCCUGGCCGCGCUGCUCCUCAACCGCUCCGAGAGCGACAUCAAGUACCUGCUGGGCUACGUGAGCCAGCACGGCGGGCAGCGCUCCACGCCGCUCAUCAUCGCCGCCCGCAACGGGCACGCCAAGGUGGUGCGGCUGCUCCUCGAGCACUACCGCGUCCAGACCCAGCAGACCGGCACCGUGCGCUUCGACGGCUUCGUGAUCGACGGCGCCACGGCCCUGUGGUGCGCGGCGGGGGCCGGGCACUUCGAGGUGGUCAAGCUGCUGGUGAGCCACGGCGCCAACGUCAACCACACCACGGUGACCAACUCCACCCCCCUGAGGGCCGCGUGCUUCGAUGGCAGGCUGGACAUCGUCAAGUACCUGGUGGAGAACAACGCCAACAUCAGCAUCGCCAACAAGUACGACAACACUUGCCUGAUGAUCGCGGCCUACAAGGGCCACACGGACGUGGUGAGGUACCUCCUGGAGCAGCAUGCUGACCCCAACGCCAAGGCCCACUGCGGGGCCACCGCCCUGCACUUCGCGGCCGAGGCGGGUCACCUGGAGAUCGUGAGAGAGCUGGUCAAGUGGAAGGCAGCCAUGAUGGUCAACGGCCAUGGGAUGACUCCGUUGAAGGUGGCUGCUGAGAGCUGCAAGGCUGAUGUUGUGGAGCUGCUGCUGGCUCACGCCGACUGCGACCGGAGGAGCCGGAUCGAAGCUCUGGAACUUCUGGGUGCCUCGUUUGCAAAUGACAGAGAGAACUACGAUAUCAUGAAGACCUACCACUAUUUAUAUUUAGCCAUGCUGGAGAGGUACCGGGACAGCGAGAAUAUCAUUGAAAAAGAAGUUCUUCCACAAAUUGAAGCUUAUGGAAACAGGACUGAGUGCAGGACUCCUCAGGAAUUAGAGUCUAUCAGGCAGGACAGAGAUGCCCUUCACAUGGAAGGUCUCAUCGUGCGGGAGAGAAUUCUGGGCUCGGACAACAUCGAUGUGUCUCACCCCAUUAUUUACCGGGGGGCUGUUUAUGCAGAUAACAUGGAGUUUGAGCAGUGCAUCAAGCUGUGGCUCCACGCGUUGCAUCUGAGGCAGAAAGGCAACAGGAACACUCAUAAGGACCUCCUGAGGUUUGCCCAAGUCUUUUCUCAGAUGAUACACUUAAACGAGCCCGUUAAGGCCAAGGACAUCGAGAGCGUUCUGAGGUGCAGCGUCUUGGAGAUAGAACAAGGCAUGUCCCGGGUCAAAACCACCCAGGACUCCGACAUCCACACCGCCAUGGACAACUACGAGUGCAACAUUUUUACCUUUCUCUACUUGGUCUGCAUCUCUACCAAGACCCAGUGCAGCGAAGAGGAUCAGUCGCGAAUCAACAAGCAGAUUUACAACCUGAUCCACCUGGACCCCAGGACCCGGGAUGGCUCCAGCUUGCUCCACCACGCCGUCAAUUCCAGCACGCCUGUGGAUGACUUCCACACCAACGACGUCUGCAGCUUCCCCAAUGCCCUGGUGACAAAGCUCCUGCUGGAUUGUGGUGCUGACGUGAACGCCGUGGACAACGAAGGAAACAGUCCUCUCCACAUCAUUGUCCAGUACCACAGGCCCAUCAGUGACUUCUUGACGUUGCAUUCCAUCAUCAUUAGCCUGGUGGAGGCUGGUGCUCACACAGACAUGACGAACAAGCAGAAGAAAACCCCUCUUGAUAAAAGUACAACAGGGGUGUCUGAAAUACUCCUUAAAACUCAAAUGAAGCUGAGUCUCAAGUGCCUGGCUGCCCGAGCAGUACGGAUCUAUAACAUCAGCUACCAAAACCAGAUCCCCAGAACUCUGGAAGACUUUGUCAAGUUCCACUAGGCUACGUAAAAAUCCUUUGUGGUGGUGCUACCUGGGACGACCUCGACUGCAGGCAGCAGAAUACAGCUGCUGUUUCUCUCUAGUCUUUUGGUUUUGGGUUCCUCUGGAUUUGGAUCUGCAGCCUCAGUUCUCCUGCAGGUUUUGGGGUGGGGGGGCGUGGAAAAAGCCACAUCAUUUUCCUGUAGUCAAACCUGAUGUUUGAGAUGUUGGUCAUUUCUUUUAGUUGAAAGAAUUGCUUCGUUAUCUCUUGUUUUGGUGUUUGUUUGUUUUUAUGAGCAAAAUGAAUCCCACUGUAACUUGUGCAGAAUGUUUUGGUACCAAUGCACACCUCCACUUUGCAUUUGCAGCCUUUAGGAAGCCAUUUCCAAAGGCACCUCUGAAAUCCCCUCUCAACCCUCUUAGCUUUGCAAAUUCUACAAUUUCUUGGAGUGAGGUGGGAAAAAACCAAUUGGGAAUUACGUGGUAGUUGGUUAAAAGUGAAGUCUGGACCUGCAGAGCAGCCCGUUGCUCCCAUACCUCACCGUCUUUUUCUGCCUUUCAGUUAAUGCUGAAGAUGUUGGUAACAUUUUAAUGAUGAUGGUGAUUUUGUUUUUUAAUUGAAUUUUGAACAGCAGUUAUCAACAGCUACAGAUGGAUGGAAUGCUCUGUUAGGAAAUACAGGUUUAAAUUCAGCCAUGGUAUGUUCAUCGAAUAACAGUUGAAAUACCAAGCUCUUCAUUUAUGCUACUACAGUAAGUAAUGAAUAACUCUGGAAAAAAGAACUUGCACAUUGACCGAAAUGAACCAGAGUCGUGGUUUCUUUUCAUGUAGCUAAGUUGCUCAUCUAGAAAAUCAUGCAUGGAUACCUAGAAAAUGGAUAGGGUAUUUGUGUUUGUGUGUGUCCCAACAUUUCAAAAUGCUUUAUCACUGGUUGUUUUCUGUUGUUGUUUCAACGAUCAACACGCACCUUUUUUGACUCAAAGUUUGUCAAACUGCACUCUUGGAUCCCAAAUGCUGUAUCUUCCUAACGGAGUGGUCUGGAGCCAAAGAGAGUCUUCCUCUGGAGCAGGACCCUGCUUGAAACUGGCUUCUCCAAGAAGGGUGGAGUUUGUGCCUCCCUGAAUUGGACUUGAGGAUUAUUAUUUUAUUUUUUUUUCCUCAUGAUUUUUACUCCUUUCGUUACGAAAAAUCUCUUAUGAAAACUGAUUUAAAAAAAAAAUUAAUCCUAUCAUAAGAUCUUUUAUGAUAAGCAACUGAUUGUAUAAUGACCCUGUUGCUUGAGAAAGUGCUUCUCCUUGGUAGAAGUUGCAGAUACUCCGACAGUAAAAUGUCACUUGUUUUGACAGGCUACUGAAAACUCUUUUGUUUUAAAUGCAGCUUUUUAACUGUCAGAGGAUGAAAGAAUGUUCUGUAGGGUUUUGUUUGUUGUUUUUGUUGGUUUUUUUUAACAAUCUGGGUAGAACUUUAAGGUGAGAUUUGGGCACACGUUUCUAUUUGUAUUACAAAUAAAUAAACAUUGAAUGUGGAA